AUGCAGCUUCCGGUAGUCGACGUUGAAGUCCCGCUUGUAGGCACAGUAGUUGGUGUUGUGGGAUUGUACAUCGCAUGGAAACUGUUUGAGGACAGAGAAUUCAGUGGCAUACCCGCUGUGGGCUUCUCAUUCCCCAUACUCAACUGGAUCACCAUCGUCCAGUACAUUAUCAGCGCGCGCAAGCUGAUCUCGGAAGGAUACAAGAAGUAUCCCAAUAGUGUCUUCCGCAUUGCUCUGCACGAUGGCUGGCUCGUUGUUGCCACAAGCCCGGACAUGGUCGAAGAUAUUCGGCGCGCACCAGACGACGCGCUGGGCUUCCAAGCCGGCCAGGAACACAUGUUUCAGCUCAAGUACACGCUUGGCCAGGAUCUGCUGAACGAGCCAUACCAUAUGGGCGUUCUUCGCAAUACGCUCAGUAGACAUCUUGGUGCCCGGUUCGACGAUAUACGGGACGAGAUCACAGUUGCGUUCGGGGAGGAGAUUGGUACGGGCGAGGGCUGGAACGCCGUGCCCUCAGUGAAGACCUUCCAGCGCAUUGUCAGCCGCGUCACCAACCGACUCUUCAUCAACGUUCCUCUGUGCAGAGAUACCGAGUGGCUCGAGCUGAAUCUCAAUUAUGCCGUUGAUGUCGCGUUAGGCGCUCUGUAUGUGAAGCUGACGCCGACACCGCUCAGACCGUUCUCCGGAGCGCUGCUGUCAAAGCUGAAGGCGCAUAAGAAGCGCGCCAACGAACUUGUCGGGCCUGUCAUCGAGGAGCGCCUGCGGGACUUCACGGAAAACGGCGGGAAAACAACCGAUUUGCCUAACGAUCUGAUCACCUGGCUCAUUGAGGCUGCACCGGAGCAUCAGCGGAAGGCACAUCUCUUGACAGACCGUGUACUCCUCGUGAAUUUCGCCUCCUUACACUCGUCGACCAAUACAUUCCUCCAUGUGCUGUAUAAGGUCGCAGCGAAUCCGGACUUUGUUGCCCCGUUGCGUGAAGAGGCCGAGCGGAUCGUGGCUACCGGAGGCUGGACGAAGGCUAGCGUGGCGAAGAUGCGUCGCUUGGACAGCUUCAUCCGGGAGACGCAACGCGUGCAUAUGCUCGAUAUGACAUCGCUCAAUCGCUGGGUAUUCAAACCAUUCACCUUCUCAAACGGCAUUACCGUCCCGGCAAACACCCUCCUCACCGUCGCCGCGGACGCGAUCCAGACAGACCCCGCUCAUCUCGGCGAGGAUGCGGCUCAGUUCAAUCCAUGGCGCUACGCCGAGAUUGAAGACGAAGAAGAAGCACUUCGCGCUCAGAUGGUUGCGACGAGCUCGACGCAUCUAGCUUUCGGUCAUGGACGGCAUGCGUGCCCUGGGCGCUUUUUUGCUGCGAGCGAGCUCAAGAUGAUGCUUGCACAUAUGGUGCUGGAGUACGAUGUACGGUUCCAGGAUGGGAAGGGCGCGCCAGUCGAUCUGGAGUUUGCGAAUAACGUCGUGCCGAGAGAGGUGCAGGUUGAGUUCAGGAAGCGGGCGGCAUAG